AUGGAUUUACGAAGUGGGAAAGUACGUGAAGAAGAAAGCAGUUCAGAAGAAGUAGAAUGUUCUGAAGACAGAAGUACAGCCAAUGGAAUUGAAGGAAAGGGGGAACAGUCAACAAUGUUUCAAGAAAGAAAUAAUGACAUUUCUUGUAUUAUGGAAACAUUGCGAAAUAUGGAAAAAAUACAAAAAAUAGAAAGACAAAAAGAAUUUGAAGAACAAAGAAAAUUGCAAGAAGAAAGAGAUAGAAAACAAAGAGAACAAAUGAAGGCAGAUAUCACAGACAAUAUUUCAAAGGUUAUAGAAAUAGUAGAGACAAAAUUUGAAGAAAUUAGAAAAGAGUUUAAAAGUGAACAGAAGAAAUUCCAACAAGAAAUUGAAAUGAAUUUAAAUAAGAUGAAUGAAAAACAAGAAGAAUGGAUAAAAGAAACGAAAAGAAAUAAAGAAGAAUGUAUCAAGAAAAUACAAGAAAAUGUUAAUGUAUGCAAUAAUAUAGAAGAGAAGAUACAAGAACGAGAUAAUGUUAUUGUUCAAGAAAUUGAAAGGAUUGAUAAGCAAAUAAAGAACAAUCAAGAGAAAAUUAAUAAGAUGGAAAAAAAUUUAAAUAAAAUAAGCCCAGAAGAAAGAAAUGAAGAACAAAAGAGACAAUGGUUACGAGUAAAGUAUAGUUUAAAAAAGGAGAAAGAAAAUAUAAUUUUAGCUAAUGUGGAGUAUGUAGGAAAGAAAAUGAUUGAUACUGAAAGAGCAGCAUGGCUAAGUUUCAAGUCAAGUUUCUUGAGGAAUCAGAAGAGUGAGGAUUACCAGAAUUUAGUCGAGGUAUUGUUGCAAAACUUCAAACAGUUGCCUGAUGAACUUGAAAUUGCGUUUACUAGACAUCUUGACUACUUCCUGAAGAAUCUUGAAAACUACAGCGAAGAACAGGAUGAAUGGUUUCACCAUGAUGUCAAGAAAAUGGAGAGCCGGUACCAAGGAAGCACUUCCAAAGACAAAGACUUCAAAGUGAGCGUAAAGCACGGAGGGUUCUGGAGCGAGGUAUUGGUGGUCAGGAACCCACUCUGCAACGGUGAAAAUAUCCACCCAAGCUUAGCCGACAGUUUGUAA